CGAACGCUUGUUGUUCCUAUUGAGAAGGAAAGUGGCAAAAGAAAGGUUCAUCUAGAGACAGGUGUACAUUUAUUCAAUAAAGAAGUGUAACUUGUGUUGAUUUGACCUGAAUUACAUGGGAAUGCUAGAGAGUUUGGGUGACUAUGUUGAGAUCCACCGGGUUUUUCCGUGGGAUUGACUGCCCGUUUUACACCGAGAGCUAUAACGGGAAGAUCGUCAAAAAUGGGUGCAACCGACCGUACUGUCACUUCAGACACAGCAACCAGAGAAGAACUUCAAUUGGAGCGUUUGAAGUCAGAAAAACUAAAGAACUCUCUUCAAGUACAAAUGCAGAAGAGUGUUAUGAUCCAUUCAGCCCUGAGGUAGUGCGGCCAGAAGACCAUCGCAAUGAGGAACCUGAGACCAAGCUGCGACCAGGUUCGCCUAUGGACGUGGGCGCCAUUGAACUUGAACUGGUCAAUCGCGCUAUCGAGGCGGUUCAGUGUGAGGUGGAGAGAGAGAGGAAGAAACUCUCACAUAUUGGGGACCAGGAAUAUGAGCCUACAUCAAGCGCCUCCACUGUGGGACCCAAACGGAAAAAGCCUGUCCCUGUUGCCUCUCAUCAGGGUUAUGACCCGGGGAGUUAUCAGAUGACACAAGGGACUGAUUACAGCCCCACCCCUCGCUCCAAUAAAUACGUCUUGGACUCAGAAAGUGAGGAGAACCAUGGCAGUUCAAUGGAGUACGUACCCACGACUGUCAGCAAAACGUCGGCAAAAAAGUCUUUACUUUUCAGUCCGACUUCCCGCACCUCCAAACUUCCCUCCAGCCCUCAGAGUUCCUCUUCUGUAAAGUGCAAAUACACACUCGAUGCAUCCAAAUCCCCUUUGGACUCAGAAAGUGAGGACAAUCAUAGCAGUUCUCUGGAGUAUGUACCCACAGCUGUUAGCAAAAUGUCAAAGAAAAAAUCCUUACUUUUCAGUACAACCUCCCGCACCUCCAAUCUUCCCUCCAGCCCCCAGAGAUCCACAUCUGUCAAGAACAAGUACACACUUGACAAAUCCAAACCCCUCACUGACAUGGAAUAUGACCCUCUAUCCAACUUUUCGGCCAAAUUGGCCAGCAAAAACAAGGCCCAGAGGGCGCUCACUACUGAUGCAGAGACUAAGAAGGUGUCUCCGCCUACUAGUAAGAGGAAGCAGUCUAUAGAUGAGGAGUAUGUGCCUACGGUUAAAAAACCGCGGCCGCAGCAGCAGCCGGUGGUGGACAGUCAGAAGUACUCUGCCUAUUUCGCAGAGUCAGACGAGGAGAGCUCGGGGACGGAAUACCGGCCGAUGUUGCUCAGCCACCUGCAGCGACGGAAGAAUGCCAGUGCCUCAGCCGAGGACAGUACUCGGAGGAGCUCGGAGGAGAAGGGCGACGUCGCUCCCUCCUCGAGGGUUCUGAAGCAACAGAGGAGCCAGAAUUCCAAGCCAGAGGAAGCUUCCUCGCAGGGCGACUCGGAGGACCCAGAGGAGAUCCUGGAUCGGGAACGGCCCCGAGAGAAAGUUCCUGAAAAGAAAGCCAAAGACAGUCGGGACAGUCAAAAGAAGAGCAGUAAGAACGGAGAUGCGAAAAGAGAAGAGAAGCGGCCCAGCGGAAAAAGCAGCGGUGAGAAGGUGAGGACCGAGAGCUCCAGCAGCGAUAAAAAGAAGAAGCCGAGCUCUGAGAGCGUCAAGAAGACUGAGAGGACUGACGAUAAAAACAGACUGAAGGACAAGGUGGCACACAAGAGCAGGAAGGAGGAGAAGAGCACAGACGGCAAGAGCAAGAGACCUGAAAAGGUCAAAGGUGAGCUGAGUCACAAGGAGAAGGAGAGGAGCAACGAGGUCAAAAAGCAUAAGACAGACAAGACCCACGAAAGGGACUCCUCGUCCAAAUAUAAAGAUCAGAAAAACGGCAAGCUUCACUCGGCCGGGAAGGACAAGGACAAAUCUAAAUCGAGCCAAGGGAGCGGAUCGGUCAGCAAAGACAAAAGUAGGAAAAGCAGCUCGUCGUCAGGCGGCAAAGUAGCCAAGGUGGGCAGGCAGAAACAGAGGUCACUGAGUCAUGUUGAUCUGUUUGGAGACGAGAGUGGAGAGGAGGCCAGGCAGGAGGAGGACGAUGACGACGAUGACGACGACGACGAGGAGGAAGAGGAGGAGAUCAUUGUGAGGAAGUCGGCCUCUGCACACAGGCGGACAGGCCUGUUGAGCAAUAAGAAGGACUCAGUCGACAGGCGCUCAUUCUCUGAGGAAGAGAUCGGCCAGGAAGACGAUCGGAGUGACGUUGAUGUUGAUGAUGGAGGUGUGGACUACUCCAGCCUGCAGGACGUGGACUAUGACUCUGACCCCGACCCCCUGGAGGAGUGCCUGCGGAUCUUUAAUGAGUCCAAAGACGUAAAAGCUGAGGACAAAGGGAGGCAAGCCAAACAGCCAACCAAGGAGUCCGCAGACCACGAUGUUUCCGACAGCACUUUAUCAAAAGUCAUUCCUGGGCAGAAGAAGCGAGUCUCACAUUUUGCAGCCAAAGGAAGCGAGUCGUCUCGGGCGUCGGUGGUCAGGCCGUACCGGAGGCCCACAGCGCAGGAGAUGUGCUACCAGCGCAUGCAGAUGGCGCAGCAGCAGGCCGAGCAGCUAGCCGUCGUGGUGAAAGCCGCCGCCGCCGCGUCCUCCUCCUACUCCUUGUCCAGCUCCUCCACCGCUUUCUCUGCGGAGAAGAAGAGAGUGGCCCAUCGGCCGAACCCCUCUGCACUUUCUCUUAAAGCUUCAUCCGAAGCCAAAACCAGCGGCUCGCGAGUGUUGUCCCCCACCAGGGCGACCCCCGAGCUGUCCUCUGUGAAGGCCCACACCUCUGCAGGCAUCCUCUCGAAGACCAUGUCCACUAGCAUGCAGAAGCGAGUGGCCCACACCCCCACCAUGAAGAGUUCAUCAAUGAAGCGGCCGGUCAUCCCCAUCGAGUUUGGAGCCAAAGUCCCCACCGGGGUCCGCCAGCGCUACCUCAACCUCUUCAUCGACGAGUGCCUGAAGGUCUGCCCCGCGGAGCCCACAGCCUUCCAGAUGGCGCUGGAUGAGGAGCAGGUGGUGUACGACCGCAGCAGCAGUAAGAACAUCUACCUGAAUGUGGCCGUCAACACACUGAAGAAGCUACGCAGCAAGAGCACUUUGCCUGCCUCGAACCCGCCCAAGUACCAGGCGGCGGGCGCCAGCCAGAAGAUUCAGUCUCAUGAGAAGAUGCUGGGGGGUCGCAUGGCGGCCAAGACCAGCUUCACCAUCAACAGGAAGGGCAAGCAGCAGGAGAUGGAACUCCGAGGUGCGUGUCUGUAUACCAAGCUGAAGGAGUACCUCAUGACUGAAGAACAGCUGCAGGAGCACGGAUACCCCAGACCCAACCCUGACCGCUCAGGACAUGUCAUCAUCCACAACGCCCCGGAGAAGAAGAAUCUAGAUCCUUUCUCCAAGGUGUGCUGCCGCUGCGGGGCCGAGUACAAGAUCAACGUCAACGGCAGUUGCGUGCGCAAGGAGGAGUGCUGCCACCACUGGGGCCGCCUGCGCCGCCACCGAGUGUCUGGUGGCUGGGAGACGCACUAUAACUGCUGCUCAGGUGCUGUGGGCUCACUUGGAUGCCAGGUGUCAAAGCAACACGUGCAGGACGGGCGCAAGGAGGCGGUAGAGGGAUACGUCAAGACCUUCGACAAGUCUCUGCCAGCGGACGGAGACGCCGGAGUGUUUGCCCUGGACUGUGAGAUGUCUUACACCAAGCAAGGCCUGGAGCUGACCCGCGUGACGGUCAUCAACUCGGAGCUGAAGGUCAUCUAUGACACAUUUGUCAAGCCCGACAGCAAAGUGGUGGACUACAACACAAGGUUCUCGGGUGUGACGGAGGAGGAUCUGGAGAGCUGCUCGAUCACCAUGAGAGACGUGCAGGCCGUGCUGCUCAGCAUGUUCAGCUCCGAAUCCAUCCUGAUUGGCCACAGCUUGGAGAGUGACCUCACGGCCCUCAAGCUGGUGCACAGUACCGUAGUGGACACCGCCAUAGUAUUCCCCCACCGCUUAGGCUUGCCCUACAAACGCGCCCUGAGGAACCUGAUGGCAGACCACCUCAAACGCAUCAUCCAGGACAACGUUGAGGGGCACGACUCGAGUGAGGACGCCUGCGCCUGCAUGGAGCUCAUGAUGUGGAAGAUCAAAGAGGACGCCAAGGUCAAGAGAUGACCUUUGACCUCUUUCUGCUCCUACUUGUCACUGCAUCAGGAGAGAAAGGCUGAACACUGAAGGGAAAGGAAAGAGACACAAAAAAGAGGGGAAAUGAAAGAAAGAAGUGAAAAGAAAGGAUGCCCCAUAGCCGUCAAAAUGCACUGUUGGCCUGUGUUCUAAUGGACCUCUUGUAGAUGUGUAUAUUUGGGAGUUUGGCACAGCUCCAGGCUGUCGUAAGGGGCUCCUAUGGAGGAGGUCCCAAUGGUUGUGUUUCCGUUUGGAAGGCUGAGUUGUCGGAGCCGAGUUGCACUAUGGAGGUUCCUACUGUUAAAGCCCCGGGUAGACUAGAGCCGACCGUGUGAGAUUUAUCAUGUAAACCCACGCCACCGCAGCUAGCUACAUAGCUGUUCAAACACGCUAGAAUGCAGGCACGUCUUUUUUUUGUUUUGUUUGUUUGUUUUGUUUUUUUUAUUUUUUAUUUUUGCUUCUUUGUUUUGUUUUGAUCCCAUUAUGUUAAUAACUUUUUGUGCGCAUUCACAGACAACUGCCCAUUAUAGUCUGCUGUAAAUGCACUUACUGGGUCAUUUAACUUUUGUUAGUACUACAAAUAGUACUUUUCUUUAAACGAUUGUUUACAUGGUGGAAUGUGUCGUUGGUGGUUCAUAGUGGAUGAAUGGCAAAAGACUUGAAACUAAGUAGUAUUACUUUUAUUAUUAUUAUUAUUAUUAUUAUUACAAUUCGGAUAUUCUAUUAGUCAUGCUUGUUUAGAGGAGACUGUUAAUUGGAAUACACAGUGUUAAGUAGCUGAAGGAACAGCACCUUUCUUCUUGUGUAGUUAAAAAAAGUUUCUGAGGCUCACCAAGCCCUUUGAAAUGCAUGAUAAAGACGCAGAUACUGAACUCACUAUGGUUUGUCCUAACCUCACGUAGGUAGAACAUAUACCUGCCUACCACCGUAGCCAUCACUGAAUCUUUUAGAGCAAAAAUAACUUCAGAUGUCAUCAGUAUAUACAGUAUAAUGGUCAUCUAAUCAACGGGAUGACUUUUGUGUGAAAUAUGGAGCCUGCACGCGACAUUGUACAUAUGCCACUAGAUUGUUUUGUAUGUUUUUCUUUUUCUAUUAAACAAUGUUAAA